GUCGACACAGACGCACUUAGCUCACUCUACCUGUGGUUGUGAUAUUAGCGAUGUGUUACGUUGUUAGCAAAGUAGCCUGUAACAGCUGUAAACAUGUUAUGAAGUUAAAAUAAGAUGGACAGAUUCAUCUAUAUCUAUAACAGUGGACCGGACCUAUUAAGGCUGGAGUUAAAAGCAACUCCAGCCAGAUGCUUCAUGGACGACAUACAGUGUGCGUGUAAUUGGAAAUGCAGAUACAUAUGGAGAUGCUGGACGUAAGCUUGCACAAGCAGAAGUUUCAUCUGAUCUUCAAACAGACAAUGAUGUGCCAAAGAAGGCCACCCAAAAAAGCCCAGGUUCUUUCAUCAAGUGAGGAGGAAGCUGACCCAUGUGAUGAGGACGAAUUGCCACCUUCUCCUCCCCUUGAAUUUGGCAGUCAUUCAGCAGUAGGAUAUAAACCUAACAUCACCUCAAGAGUGAGUGGCUCCAGUGCAACCCCGAGUGUACGGAGCCCCAGCGCACCCCUGAGUGUUCGACGUGCCAGUGCGACCCGAAGCACUAGUUCUUCCUCAAGUGUGAGCAGCCACAGCAACAUUGAAGGAGCCUUGUUUGUAAAAUUGGUAACUCUCCUCGAAGAAGUCAAGGACACUCCAAGAGUACACAGCAAAAUGUUAAAUACACUGAUGAAGCAGUCGGUGGCUGUGCCAGUAUUGGAACCACCUGAAGGAGCAGUGUUUCCACUGACCACUAUCCAAGAUGCGCAAGCCAUGAACAAGAAGCUGUGCGACUCGGAGUUCAUGUCUGGAGUUAUUGCUAUGGUUGGAGAAAUAGGAGGUAGUUGAUUGGAUGAUGCCACCAGAAGAAUGAUGGCAUCAUGUCCCAUGAAUUGGCACUGCAGUACAGUCUUUUUGGACGUCAUGGCAAGAACAGUUUUUGAGAGCUGCGUCUUUUUGAUGUUGUAUAUGGCGCAAUAAAGAGGAACACAUUAACUCAAGGAAUUACCCAGAAGGAAGCAGAGAAGGCCCUCUCCAAGUGGUUCACUGGAGCCCGUGACAGAGGCGGAAACAGGACGGUGCGAUGGUUCUGGUGGCAGUCUGCCUCACUGCUGGCCUCUUGGUGCUGCUUCUACUGGGCUUUGUCAUGUUCUAUCUGUGGAGGAGGGCGAGGGAUCGAAGACAGUACCAGGAUCUGGUUGCCGCCGUUCCCCCCAUUCCAGUGUGCACUGCUCCGGUCCUGCUGGUUUCUCAAGGCUCCUGGGUCAAGCCUGCUGAGAUCCCAUUCACGUUGCCUCCUCUCUUCACGACCCCCAAUCAGAUCAACCUGGAGACUGAGGAGGGUGAGGAGAAGGUAGAGGUGAUGAAGAUGGACGUUCUAACCCAUAGAGGUUCUUUAUCAGUACAAAGUUGGUACCCAGUGGGGACGGUGCUUGCUGGCCUGUAUUCAAAUCCCGCUCUGAGCAAGGUGGUGGCGCCCCCGCCUGGCAUAGCCACACGCCUCUGCUUCUCGGUGGAGUAUCGUUACAGCAGCGAGCAAUUGGCGGUCUCCUUGCUCCGCCUGGGUAACCUCCCCCCUCGUUUCCACGGGAACGUCACCCUUGUUCAGCUUCGUCUGCUUCCAGAAGACCGGAGGCCCCGCCAGGCCAAGGCCCGAUGCACCGGGCCCGAUCCGGAGUUCAACGAGUGCUUCUUAUUCCAGGUGUCAGGGGGCCGCGUGACACGCAGCACCCUCAGUGUGUGUGUACUGAGUGUGUCACAUGACAGCAAACGCCACGCAGUGGGCAGGGUUCUGUUCCCCCUGCAGGGAGAAUUGGGCCAAGCUGGCCGGGUCCUCUGGAGAGACCUGGAGACUGAAGACCACAAUCACGUAUGUACACAGGUGGCACUUCACGUUCUGUAUCGCUAUCAGUCACAUCUCAUCUCUCAUGGCAUUGUGUCUCAUAUUUCAUUUCUUCUCAUUGCACAUCUCAUCUCAACUGAUCUCAUCACAUCUUACCUCACUGCAUCAUUCCUCACAUCUUCUCAUCUUAUCUCGCUCUAUCUCACUGUAUUUCAUCCCAUUUCAUUGCUUUGCAUCUCACCUCAUCACAUUUUAUCUCUUCCUUGCCCAUGUCAUCUCAUUUCAAAACCCCAUCUCAUAACAUUCUUAUUUCUCAUAUUAUCUCAAUUGCGUCUCCUUCUAUUCUGUUCCUGUUCUCACCAAUCUCAUCUCAUCUCAUCUCAUCUCAUCUUACUGUCUUGCACCUCAUCACAUUGUAUCUCUUCUCAUUGCAUCUCAUCUCACUGCAUACCCCAUUUCAUGGCGUCUCAUAUCAUUGCCUAUCUCCACUCAUUGCAUACUCUGUCUCAUGACAUAGAGUAACGGAUGCCAGCCUGUGAGUCUGUGCCAGUGUACGUUGGUAAACCUCACUCCCUCUGCCUUAAGAGCUGCGCUGAACACGCGGUCGACAGUCCAGGCUUUUGGCCGUGUGGUCAGCGCUCUCGCCUCCCGUUACGGAGGUUCUGGCGGUGCGAAACAGGGCGGGUUACAAUUGUAUCUCUUCUCGUUGCAUUUCUCUUCUCAUCAAUCUCAUUGCCUUUUAUCUAACCUGACCUCAUCGCAUUUCAUCUUGUCUCUUUGCAUGUUUCCUCUCAUGGCAUCUCAUAUCAUUGCCUAUUUCAUGUCACUGCAUAUCUCAUCCAAUGUCACCUCAGUGCAUGUCUUCCCUCAUGGCAAUGAGAUGACUAUCAUGUUCUGUUGUUAGUGUUCGGAGUGGGGGGACAUGCUGGUAUCUCUGUGCUACAGUCCAUCUCUACAGCGCCUAUCGGUGGAGGUUGUGAGGGCUCGAGGACUGCAGCUGCUCACUGACUCAGGUGGGAAGUCUUC